GAAAGGGAUCAGCUCUGUCCUGGUUUUAGGGGGUCUUCGCUCCAUUCACGAGGGACGUGCAGAAUUGUCUCCAGAAAAAUUCUCCACAAUCCGUUCUCCUAAAAGGAGACACUACUUGCACCGAAUUUGCAUUUCGAAGAACUUCCAGCAGCCUUGGAUAUUUUUUCCUUGGAUCUUUAAAUUUCUCAGGAACAUGGCUCACAAAGCACAAGCCCUUCAGGAGAGUGAUAUUCAUCACGUGAGGUGUCACAGCCUGGAAAGCUUUCACUAAACGCAAGGAUUGCUGCUAGCGCCUUUCUCUUUUUUGACGGUUCUCAUCAUCCGUACCUAUGGCUGGAAUAUAUAGCUCUGCCCUGAAGACCUUGGAGGACCUUACGUUGGACUCGGGAUAUGGGGCAGAGGACUCCUGCAGGUCUCUCAGCCUCUCGUCCUCCAAAUCCAACUCCCAGCCUCUGGCAUCAUCUUCUCAACACCGUGGGAACUGGUGGUAUUAUUCGGGGUCCAUGAAUAGCCGAAACAGCAGCUGGGACACCAUGAACACCGCACUUACAGAGGACCCUGACGUGGUGGAUAUGUUCUCCAGGUGCCACCGGCUACCUGAUCUAGAAGAUUUUCCAUGGACAGAGGAGGAUAUUGGAAAGCUGCUCAGAACAGGUAAAGGAGAUGGCGGCAUUAAGUGGGAAUUUUCCCAAGAUGCGGUGAGGAGAAUGUCGGUUCUGCUGAGGCGGCCUCUCAUAAGGAUAUCAAGGGAAGCGCAACGUUUGAGCGUUCUUCACGCAAAGUGCACACGCUAUGAGAUCCAGAGCGCCAUGAAACUUAUUCUAAGCUGGGCUCUGUCCCAGAGCUGCACACUGGCCACGGUUCGGGCUCUGUCUCUUUACAGCAUGAGCGCCGGCGAUGGACUGCGCCAAGGGAAGUCUGCUCGUUGCGGACUCUCCAUGUCUGUUGGUAGAUUCUUCAGGUGGAUGGUGGACACUAGAAUAUCGGUGCGGAUCCACGAGUAUGCAGCUAUUUGCUUGACAGCUUGCAUGGAGAACUUAUUGGAAGAAAUAAGAGCCCGUGUUCUAGCGAGUCAAGGGACGGUUGGGGCAGAGAUAUCUCUUGAUGCCCUGGAAAUGGCAAUCAACAAUGACGCUGAACUAUGGGGAGUCCUUCAGCCCUAUGAGCACUUAAUCUGUGGGAAGAACGCCAAUGGGGUCCUCUCGCUGCCUCCAUACUUCAGUCCAUACAAAGACAAUUCUCUCCAGCGAGAUGACGCCACCGAUGCCUACACGCACCUUGAACUACGCACUUUGGAGCAGUCGCUGCUCGCCACCUGUGUCGGGAGCAUCUCGGAGCUGAGUGACCUGGUUUCCCGUGCCAUGCAUCAUAUGCAGUGUCUGAACACCCCCAGGCCUGGCAUGAGUCCUGCACGGCAAACUCGCCACCCACAGCAGCACAUCACCUGGUCUCCGGACUCGCUGCACACGUUGUACUAUUUCCUGCGCUGCUCUCAGAUGGAAUCCAUGGAAAAUCCCAACUUGGACCCACCUAGAAUGUCGCUGCACAAUGAGAGGCCGUUCAUCUUGCUGCCCCCGUUGAUGGAGUGGAUGCGUGUGGCCAUCACAUAUGCAGAACACCGCCGCAGCCUGACCGUAGAUGCUGAUGACAUCAGACAGACGGCGCGGUUACUCCUCCCGGGACUGGACUGUGAACCGCGGCAGCUGAAGCCAGAAUGUUGUGUCAGCUCCCUCAGACGUCUCGAUGCCGCAGCCGCCACAGAACGUUUCCAGCAGGACUUGGGCUUCCGAAUGCUGAACUGUGGGCGCACAGACCUCAUCCCCCAGGCCGUGCGAGCAUUGGGGCCGGAAGGCAUUAACACUAUGGAUGAUCAGGGUUUGACCCCACUGAUGUACGCCUGCGCUGCCGGAGAUGAGGCCAUGGUGCAAAUGCUGAUCGAAGCUGGAGCAGAUCUGGAUGUCGCUGUUCCAAACAUUUCCCCUCGACACCCAUCUGUGCACCCGGACACCCGCCACUGGACCGCAUUAACCUUCGCCGUCCUCCAUGGUCACAUCUCCGUUGUGCAGUUGCUUCUAGAUGCUGGCGCACACGUGGAGGGUUCAGCCGUCAACAGCAGCGAAGACAACUAUGCAGAAACCCCCCUACAGCUGGCGUCCGCUGCAGGUAACUACGAACUGGUCAGUUUGCUUUUAGACCGAGGAGCUGACCCUCUAUUGAAUAUGAUGGAAGCCGGUCGAGUGUCCUCGUCACUUCAUGAAGACAUGAACUGCUUUAGCCAUUCAGCUGCCCAUGGGCACAGGAAUGUCUUGAGAAAGCUGCUGACUCAGCCUCAGCUCUGCCCUGGAGAUGUCCUUUCUCUAGAAGAGAUACUGGCAGAGGGGGUUGAGAGUGAUACCUCCAGCACUGGAAGCUUCGAUCAGGGUCCCGUCCGGUUGUGUAAGACCAGGAUGAAAGCGUUGCAGGAGGCAACAUACUACAGCGCAGAACAUGGCUACCUAGAUAUCACCGUAGAGCUCCACGGCCUCGGGGUGCCCUGGAAGCUGCACGUAUGGAUCGAAUCUCUGCAGACGGCCUUCAAUCAUUCACACCACUCUGUAAUGGAGAAUCUACUACGUGAAUUCUGCACCAUAAGAGAGGAGGAUUAUAACGAGGAGCUGAUUACAGAGGGGCUGACGCUUCUCUUUAACAUCUUCAAGACCACUAAAAGUGAUGCAGUCACCCAACAAGUGGCCUCCAUCUUUUCACACUGCUAUGGAGACAGUCCAGUGCCCAAAAUCCCAGAGAUACAGAAGACCCUUUCUGCACGUCUAGACCCUCAUUUCCUGAACAACAAGGAGAUGUCGGAUGUGAUAUUCAUCAUAGAAGGGAAGCUUUUCUAUGCCCACAAGGUUCUUCUGGUCACUGCCUCAAACAGGUUUAAAUCCCUGAUGACCAAUGCGAGUGACCAGGACGAUUCAUGUGUCACCACCAUUGAAAUCACAGACGUAAAAUACAGUGUAUUCCAGAUGAUGAUGCAGUAUUUGUACUAUGGAGGCACAGAGACGAUAAAAGUCCCCAUCGAAUCUAUUCUGGAGCUCCUCUCUGCAGCCAGCCAUUUCCAGCUGGAGGCCCUGCAACGACACUGCGAGAUCAUCAGCUCCCAGAACAUCGACCAAGAGAACUGCGUCAGCAUCUACAAAUACGCCAAGAUUCACAAUGCACCAGAGCUGGCUCUAUACUGCGAGGGCGUCUUCCUACAAAACAUGAGGUCUCUCCUGGAGCUGGAAUCCUUUAAGCAGCUGAUCUACGGACGUAACAGCAAAGUGCAAGGGCUGGAUCCCCUGACGGACUUGAAAAACACAUUGACCAAUCGCAUUAAAGACGUUUAUAUCUCUUGCCGAGUGUGAGUGAGCCGGCUGUAGGCUGAGGUGUGUGUGUAUAUAAAGGCAGACGAAUGCCACACAGUGAUUCUUGCAAUGUGACAAUGGGCCGAUGUAUGUGGGCGAUGUAGAAUACAGGACUGUAUGUAAGUAUAUGUAGAUAGACACUAACUAUGGAGGCACCCGCCCUCAAUCAGCAGCUUUCCCCCUGAUGAUAACCACAGCUGGUCCUUUUGAUGAUCCAGUGGCUUCACCAUUGGUAAGCCUUUACUGGCACAGUCAUUCGCACCUUAUAGAUUACCUAACAGUUACUUUCAUGGAGUGAUUUCACUUGUGUAAUCCGGACAGGUAGAAUUCCAUCUCAUCUCUGAA